UUGACGCAAUUGGCGCCUCUCACAGCUAUGCGUAAUUAGGCCCUUAUUUAUUGCAGGUGCGCGUCUAUAAAUGCUUGUAACAGGCGAUAAUGUUGUGGUCCUUUUUAAUCGGAGUUCUAGAACACUGCAGAAGAUGAAAGCCCAAAAAUCUGGAAGGGGAGUACCCAUAUAUUCUGCCUCCGUUUUCAGAAAUCGGCGAGAGCACAAUGUUGCUCGUGUGAUGGACUUUCCCCGACAUCAACCAGUGCACUUGCUACGCAGAGUGGGAAACGAGGCCGCACGUCUUGCUGUUUCAAACAGGCGAAGGGUCGUCACCAUUCAGGAGGUUAUGGCUGCCAUGUUCGCCAUUCUUAACGAUGCUGCCCGGGCACGUCACCAAUUUUUUGGCAUAUCUGGUGGUUAGCAUUGAAUCUGGAUUUUAACGCCUGGACAUUAUAUUUUAAAGAGAAACGAAUAAUAAACCUCAUUUAAUUUUUACCCCUUGAAGUUUUCUGUUUAACUCUAUGCCUUUCAAAUGGAACAAUGCCUAUAUCAGUGGUUCAAAUAGCCAUUUUUCCCUGUGCCAUUACAACAUCAAGCUAAUUAUAUUGGAUGUGUGACGUAGAGUUUACUAACAACCGUGUCCUGAUUGCUUGUCACUUGUUGAUCAGGUCGCGAUUCAUUGCAUCCAUCCCGCGCUGGUUUGAAUGGUCCCUGGGCUCCACCAGUGACGUUUAGUAUGUACGGUCGUUGGUAAGGAGGAUGUCAGAGCAUCAGUGAUUUGCUGUAGAGGCGCUCGUGCAUAAAACGUAGUAAAGCUUCUACCAAGCUGCUGUUCAGGUCGAGGUUGAGCCAUGUCUCAUUCUGGAGUAGCCUAGACAAUUUGUUGUUUUCAGGAGGAACGUGUCGAGGACAUUUUGGCAAUUGAAAAGAGACCAGCCAUUUACCAUGGGCUGUGGAACUUCCAUUGCUGUCGAAAACCAAAGAAAGCCAUCUGAAACAGAUGUGUCAUCCAAGAAUCCCAGCCCAGCGCUGACCAUGAAAUCAGCUGUUCUGAUCCAGCGUUGGUACAGGCGCUAUAUGGCUCGUCUGGAGAUGAGGCGGAGGUACACUUGGAACAUCUUCCAGUCCAUUGAAUAUGCAGGAGAGCAAGACCAGCUGCAGCUUUCCAGCUUUUUCAGCUUCAUGUUGGACAACUUCACACAUCUCAGUGGAAAUGGUCCUGAUUUGAUCUCGCACCUCUUGGGUUCUGUGGUGGAGCCCUGGACAGAGGAGGGGAGGCAAGCAAAGUACGAACAGAUCCUGGUGCCAGACUCGUACACCGGGCCACGCUUGUCUUUCCCACUCAGUGUUGCUGACACCAACAGCCUGCUUAGUGCCUUCAAGGAGCAGCAGACUUUGCAUGGCAGAUAUGUCUUGCAAUUGCUGCACGAGACCAAGAAGUUUCUUAAGCAGAUGCCAAAUGUUAUUUACUUGUCCACGUCUUAUGCCAAGGAGAUCACGAUUUGCGGUGACUUACAUGGAAGACUAGAUGAUUUAUUGCUGAUAUUCUACAAGAAUGGUCUUCCAUCAGCUGAAAAUCCCUAUGUUUUCAACGGCGACUUUGUCGACAGAGGGAAAAAGUCUAUGGAAAUCCUCAUUAUACUGUUUGCAUUCGUGCUCUUGUAUCCUGACCAUAUGCACUUGAACCGAGGAAAUCACGAGGACCAUAUUAUGAACCUCAGAUAUGGAUUUACCAAGGAGGUCAUGCAGAAGUACAAGACUCAUGGGAGAGACAUCCUACAACUUCUGCAAGACGUUUUCAGCCUGCUUCCUAUAGCCACAGUGAUUGAUAAUAAGGUGCUCAUUGUCCAUGGUGGGAUUUCAGACAAGACUGACUUGGAUUUCCUUAGCUCCAUAGAAAGAGACAAGGUGAAGUCUGCCCUCCGGUUGCCCAAGCGUAGCCUGGAGCAGGUGGGCCUGAGGGGCGGCGGCAGCAGGCAGGGCUGGGCCAAGCAGGACAGCCCAUGCACCCAGAGCCGCGCCAGGAAGAGGAAGUGCCAUUUGACCAAUCAGGGCAGCUGCGCCUCCACCUCGUCGUCCUCUUCCUCUUCGUCUCUCUGCUCGCCACGCCUCUCCUCCCGGAACUCCUCGCGACACCAUGCCCCAUCCCCCUGCCUGCCAAGCCCUUCUGACGUCCUCCAGGUGCCCUUCCUGGACUCGUUUGUGUCCAUCACACCCCCAGAGCCUCCCAGAGAAGAACUGGAGUGGAGACAGAUUGUAGACAUCCUCUGGAGUGACCCCAAGAGCCAGAAUGGCUGCAGCCCCAACACUUUCCGGGGUGGUGGCUGCUACUUUGGGCCAGAUGUUACCCAGAACCUUCUGGAGAAACAUGGAAUGAUCCUCUUGAUUCGCUCCCAUGAGUGUAAGCAGGAGGGCUAUGAACUCUGCCAUGAUGGACAGGUAAUUACAAUUUUCUCUGCUUCAAACUACUAUGAGGAGGGCAGUAACCGUGGGGCCUAUGUGAAGCUGGGCCCAGAGCUGGUGCCACGCUUCUUUCAGUACCAGGUGAGCCGCAGCACCAGGAAGCUCACCCUGCAGCAAAGGGUGAGUGUGGCUGAAGGAUCUGCCCUGAAGGCUUUACAGGAGAAGCUGUUUGCCCAUCGCUCUGAGCUCAUGGCUGCCUUUCAGCAGUAUGACACAAACAACACAGGCUGCCUCUCCGUCAGUGACUGGGCACAGGUGGUGGAGUCGGUGCUGAGACUAGACCUACCCUGGAGGACCCUCAGGCCACGGCUGGCCCGGCUAGCGCCUGAUGGUAACGUGGAGUACAGGUCCUGCUUUGAGGACGUCAGCCCAGGACAGCCAGUUCCUCAGGUUGCUCCAAACUUGGCAGAAACACUCUAUAGGUAUCGAACUGAUCUGGAGAUCAUAUUCAAUAUCAUAGAUAAAGAUCAUUCUGGUCUCAUUUCCAUUGAAGAAUUCCAGCAGACCUGGAAGCUGUUCAGCUCUCACCUCGGCGUGGCCGUGAGCGACGAUGCCAUUGAAGGCUUGGCGCGCAGCAUCGACUAUAAUAAGGACGGCAGCAUAGACUUCAAUGAGUUCCUGGAGGCCUUUCGUGUGGUGCACAAACUGGAUGUUAAGGAGCAGCCGCAGGGCUAAAACUGCCGCACUGACCCGUCGAUCUGCGCUGUAGUGAGAAGCCUGCAAGCUGCUGCCGCUCCUUACUGCGUGUUCGUCUGAGGUGGCUGGUGGGUCAGUGUGUGGAGACAGCCUGUCAGAUGCUGCUGGAGCCCAGCCUCAGUCUAAACAUGAACUUCCAUGAAAGCAGAAAGAGGCAUAGAAAGCAGAAAGAGGCAUACAGAGACUGAACUUUGAAAAAUACAGAAAUAUUGUAUAUGUUUUAAGUAUUGGUCACUUUCUUAAAAUGAUUAACUCUGUUUGGUUGGAUAAUUUCAUUUUGUUCUGCCAACUACUCUUAGUUUGUUUGCACCUUUCAGAAAAGAAAUAGAAUGAUGGUAUUACAGAUUAAUGCCCAAAGUGUUUAAAUAUGAUUCAUUUAAAACAUUGAGGUAACAUUUGCCCAUGAUUAGAAAGCAACAUGUGACUUGUUGCACGUGCCUGAUUAC